ACACUCCUGUAUAUUAAUGAUUCUUCUCCAUAUAUAUUUAAAUCAUUGUAUUCAUUUAUUUCACGUCAUAACAUUAAACUCUAACUGCCUAUAAUUUACCUUUUCCUGAUCCUUUUCCAAAAUUCCGUCUUACCCGUUAUAAUGUAAUCCUUUAAUUCCGUUUCCCUGCUUUACUCGUCUGGCUGAAUGCGCCAGGAGCGCGAUGCCAUAAAAAAAAAAAAAAAAAAAAAAAACCUCAAAAUCAUUUCAUCUCAAUUUUUUUCAGAAAUUACCAAACAAACUUAACUUCGUUUGAAAACUAAAUAUUAUGAAGUACUUUUUAUUAGUCUCGGUAAUUUAAGAACAAUGGAUAAUAACAUUGUGGAUUGUAAACAGACAAAAAACAUUCUCAACGGAAUAUCAAAAUCAUUUGUACUUCACGUAUCAGAAAAAUUGCAAAACACAGCAGAAUUAGACGUCAGCCAAAAAACCCUGAAAGACAUUGAUGAGAUUAGAGAGACUACGGAUAAAAAUGAACUAGAGGCAACAAAGGACAUUCUUAAUGGAUUAUCAAAGUUUGAUUUUCAUAUAUCAGAAGACUUUCAAAACAUUACAGAAAUAGACUUCAGCAAGAAGAACCUUGAAAAAAUUGACAAGGGCACAACUCUUCCACCAUGUUUGCGCUGCCUAAAUUUGUCACACAAUAAACUUCUUGAGGUUCCAAAGAUUGUUAUGGACCUUAAACAAUUGCAAGUAUUAGAUAUUUCUCACAACGCAAUACAGUAUUUCAACGAAACUCCAAGCUUCUGUCACGAAAUAGAAAAUCUCAAUGUCUCCAGCAAUGACUUAAGGUGCCCUCCAAUAUGGAUAUGGUUGGAAUUUCCAAGGAACCUGUCUAGAUUAGACAUUAGUUGUAAUAUGCACAUAGCAGAAUUGUUAAAUGGAUAUGUCGAUGAGCUUCUGCAAUACAACACUCGGCUCACGCAUGUAACAUUAUAUAAUUGUAGGUUAGGUAAGUACUUAAGAUUCCUUGGCACUUUCCCGAAUGCAAAAGACCUUGUACUCGGAACUCCAGACUGGAGCUGUUAUGCUGCAAACCACCUGCAAGAGCUACCAUGCCAAGGGCUCAACAAAUGCUGUGAUAUUCAAAGACUAAUCUUAACUAAUACCCAUAUAUACACUAUCACUCCACAAAUAAACAUGUUUAAAAAUUUAAUAGAAAUAAAUUUGUCACAAAACAACCUGAACGGGUUACCAACUGAAUUCUGCGAGUUAGAAAACCUAGAGAUAUGUAUAUUGUCUUUCAACAACAUACUGUAUGUACCUGAUGAUAUAGUCAAGUUAAAAAAGUUGACCACCCUGUGUUUAGCGGUCAAUGAACUUUGCAUGAUACCUGAGAACAUAAUGGACCUCACUAACUUGAAGGUCCUGGAUUUGUAUGACAACAAUAUAUCGGAGUACCCUGAAGACAUUAGGAACAUACCAGAGCUUGAUUUGGCACAAAACUACUUUGAAGAGCCUGAUGAUGAUGAUUAUUUAGAAAAGAGAGGGAAAUUGAGACUUCAUAACUCCGACCGAUUAAAUGGGAGAAAAUUCGAAAUGGAACAGCCUGAGAGUGAACAUUCUCCAGACACAACUGAUGAUGAAGAACUGAUCAGAAGCUUAAAUGAAAAAAGUAGCUCUGACGGAGAACCAAAAAAUGCACCACCAAGCUCACCCGAAGAUUGGGACUCUGAUUCCUACUGGGAACCAUACAACGUACAGUACCAGCGCCCAAAAGGCAAGCCAUACUGGACAUCGUUCGUAAAGAAAGCUAUGGACAAUGGUAACCUGUGCCCUUCGGAUCACCACACGGCGCCUGUGAUGUGCCGUCCGACCCAAGAGUAUGAAUCUGAUGGACAGUUUGAUGAUUAUUCUGAGGAUGACAGUUGAUCUUUUCACUAUGGGCCUUAUUUCACUAGAUACAGCGUUAUUGAAAGGGAACUCUGUAGCAGGGAUGUUGCGGAUAUUCGCAUCCGCAUCCGCAGAACAUCCGCAUUAUUUUCAACAUCCGCAUCUGCAUCGGCAUCCGCAUAAAAUUGAUGCGGAGCAUCCGCAUGAUGCGGAUGUCGACCAAGUCGGUAACAGGAACGUAUUAGCGGCAGCACCGGCGGCGUAAAUGCUAGGUAAUUUCGUCAUUAUAUAUAACGAAAUCGUCUAGAUCCCGAAAAGUCGGCCAAGUUACUGUUUAUUCAAUAAAACGCACCUAUAUUCUUGCUCAACUACUAAACGUUUCGUUUUUUUAAAUAAAAAAUGCUAAAAAUGUAAUAUUUGACGUUUUUGAAGUAUCAUAACUUGACAUCCGCAUCCGCGGAUGUGAGGCUUUAAAUAUCCGCAUCCGCAUCCUCAUCCGCGGAUGUCAAAAAAUCUGCAUCCGCAACAUCCCUGCUCUGUAGAUGCCAACCAGCAUAAACCCUUUGACCGGCAAAGAUGUCAACUGACGCGCCCAGCUACAGCACAGCCAUUGAUUUAUACAUUACUUCGUAAAGACGGGACUUACGGGUACUACGAAGCGGGUCAGUUCGUAGGUGCGC